UAUUGUAAAAAAAAAAAAAAAAAUCUCAAGGACUUGUGAUGCUAUUGAUUUAUUUAUUUUUAUUUGUUUGAUUUGGAUCAAUCGAUUUCUCAGUCCUCACCAGAGAGAAAGUGGAGCUGCAGCUACACGGACGGGUGUUUCUUGACCCUAAUCUGACUGACUGAUCGAUCCAUCGAUUCCCAUCUCUCCCUUCGAUGCUGUUCCUGGCUGAUCGCCGCUCCCUCUCCUCUCUGGGCUCCCCUCUCCCCUCCUCCCCAGAGUCAGACAGCCUGCCUCCCACCCCCUCUCCCUAUCCCUCUCCCAACAGCGCUCUGGGAUUUGGGAAAGCCUGGGAAUAUUCCGGGAAUGUUUGGGAAUAUUCCGGGAAUGUUUGGGAUUCCAGGAAUGUCGGGAAAAACGCUUACCACCAUCUCCAGCAAUAUUGUCCGACGCAGCCCAGCGACCAUUUCAGCUACCUCGAAGCUUUCCACACCCUGCCAGCCCCCCUCCCUCCCUCUUGCCCCUCCUCCUGUUCCUCUUCGGUCUAUUCCUCCCCUUCCCCUUCUCCUCCUCCUCCCCCUCUCUCCUUUCAGCCUACACUGGAGGAGAUCGAAGAAUUCCUGCAGGAGAAUAUGAUUCACAGUGAGAGCACAGCAGGCAGCGGUCAGGACAGCAAAGAGAACGAGAGAUUCAACAUCGCCGGAAAGAGAACGGAAAACGAGGGAAAAGGUUAUCCCAGGAGAGCAGAGGAGGACGAGGAUGGAGGAGGAGGAGGAGAGAAAGGAGACUCCAGCCCCUCCCCCCCGACAGCGGACGGUGCCCCCUGUGGGCAGGCUGUGCUCCUGCUUCUCCAGCCACUGCCCUCUGGAGGGAUCGGCCAGCUUCUGCUGGACAUCCAGGGGCAGAACUUCGCACUGGUGCCCCAGACACCCCCACCCGCCCCCCCCCCCCGUCAAACAGGCCUGGGCCGGGUGCCCCCCUCUCCCCCAGCCUUGCUCCAGCUCCACAGCUGCUCCUUCCCCGGCUGCAGGAAGCUCUACAGAAAGAGAAGCCACUUGAAGGCUCAUGUGAGGCGACACACAGGGGAGAAACCGUUCACCUGCAGCUGGGCUGGGUGUGGCUGGAGGUUCUCUCGCUCGGACGAGCUAUCCCGUCAUCGACGCUGUCACUCUGGGGUGAAGCCCUAUCAGUGCCGGAUGUGUGACAAGAGAUUUGCUCGCAGCGACCACCUGAGCAAACACAGCAAGGUGCAUCGCCGUCCCCCGGGCUCUGAGACACAGAGACACAGAGACACAGAGACACGCAGAGACACUCGGAGACCACCUGAGCAAACACAGCAAGGUGCACGGCCGUCCCCCGGGCUCUGAGACACUCAGAGACACAGAGACACACAGAGACACUCGGAGACCACCUGAGCAAACACAGCAAGGUGCACGGCUGUCCCCCGGGCUCUGAGACACUCAGAGACACAGAGACACAGAGACAC